UUUGACGCGGAACCGCGAGACACGCGUUGCUUGGUGUACGAGUGGUGUGCGGGCCCGUGUCGCGCCGUGCGUUCUAUUUUAUUUUCGAUAGUGGAAAUUGUUGAUUUUUUUUUUUUCUUUUUUCUAGCGGCAUACAAUGAUGGACAUUCAGACGAUCGGGGGUAUUGCGAUCAAGGGGGUCAAGUUGUUGCUAAACAUAGCGAUCCUUGUCCUCUACCGCGUCGGCUGCAACGGAGGGUUUUUGGGCGUCGGUGGGACAUGGAACUUGAACGAGGACAAAACUCCGGACGUCGAGAUCGUGGCGUCCGGCAUCAUCGUUGGCUUCUUCAUCUACACGAGCGUCGUCCUCAUCAGCUAUUUCUUCGAGGCUUUGGAUGGCAGCAAAACUGUCAUGGAGAUAAUAAUGAACUUUAUCGGCAUGUUCAUGUUUAUAAUGGUCGGUGGCACUGCUCUGCAUUAUUGGAUCGGUUACACGGGGGAUAACAGAUACGUUGACGUGUCGAGCGAGAAAACGGUCGGUAUCGUGCUUGGAGUAUUGUGCAUAGUCGAAGGAUUGAUUUAUCUUGCUGACCUCGUCAUGACAACCAUGCAGUAUUUGAAGCAAGAAUUUUAUUACGAUGAAUGAUGCUGCGCGGACUAUAAGUGUUUCGGAAAAACUUAGCUGAUGUAUUUUGUGAGAUCAUACGUACACGACAAAAAAAUCAUUGUUACGUUAAUUUCAUUCAGUGAGUUUGUUUUUAGGGUGGUUUGAGGCAAAUAGGUACAAGAGAAUCCCCCUUUUUUUUCAAUUCAUUGCAACAAACGGUACAGUUUAUAUAGCUAAUAUCGUUUGCCAUAUU